GGUCAGGACGUAUAAGGGCCUAAGCAGGUGGCAAUCAUCCCCUGACGUCCAGGAUGAGAUUGAAACUGCGCUUACAGAGAAAGCGAACGGAAUGUUUCGAUGGGUUACAUGUCAACUUGAGAGCCUUGAGAAAUGUCUCGAUUAUCGUACUCUACAAAGUGCACUGGGAUCUUUACCGAAGACACUAGACGAAACCUAUGCUCGAAUUCUAUCUAGCAUCCCCUCCGAGUACGAGCAUUAUACUCGACGGAUCUUGCAGUUUCUAACUUUCUCCGAACGGCCUCUGCGGAUUGAGGAAGCUGUUGAUGCCAUCGCAGUAGAUAUCAAAGGCGGCAAAGGUUUCGACCCGAAGAAUCGAAUGCUAAUACCAAGGGAGAUCUCGCGAUACUGCUCUACUUUAGUAGUAGUCGUGGCCAGGAAGAGCCUCAAGGAUGAUAUGGAAGCUAUAACCGAGCUGCAGCUCGCGCACUUCUCAGUCAAAGAAUACUUGACCUCAAACAGGUUAGACCAAAGUGUGGCCAAAGAUCUCGAGGAGACUGCUGCAAGAGCCUCUAUCGGAAUAGUCUGCCUUACGUACUUGCUAGAGCUCAACCAAACUUUGACAAUACGAGAAAUUCGAAAGUCGUUUGGACUAGCACAAUUUUCGGCAAGAUACUGGAUGGAACAUGCUGCGGUUACCGAAAGGCAUAACCUAGAGCUACAGAAGCUCACGUUUAAUUUUUUCUCGUCCCAGGCUCCUUUUUCAUAUGGCUAUCGGCUGUAUAACCCAGACAACCCGUGGAAAGAAGAACCGGAAGACGACGAGUAUCACCUAGCACCCGCUCUAUAUUACGCAUCCCUUAGUGGUCUGGUUCGCUCGGUAGAGUAUUUACUCGACAAGGGUGCCGACGUCAACGCGCAGGGCGGCAAGUACUAUAAUGCUCUCCAGGCUGUUUCUUACGAGGGCCACGAGAAGAUCGUUCAGAUGCUGCUCGAUAAGGGUGCCGACGUCAACGCGCAGGGCGGCUACUACGGCAAUGCUCUCCAGGCUGCUUCUUCUAAG